AUACUGCAGAUAAAUGGAAUCAUACAGUCUGGCUUCAGUCACUCAGCAUACUGUUUUCAAGGUCGAUCCAUGGCGUAGCAGUAUCAGUACUCCAUUUCUUUUGAUGGCUGAAUAAUACUUCACUGUGUGGAUACACGAUUUUAUCCAUUUAUUAAGUAGUGAUCAUUUGGGUUUUUGCUACUUUUUGCCUACAAAUAAUGAUGCUUUGAACUUUCGUGUAUGUUGAUCAUCUUUCUGAAGUAGAAUCUCCAUGGCCUGAACAUUUUCAGAAAGUCAUUUUGAGCAAAAUAUCUGUUUAAUAACAAGAUAACCAUAUCAAGAUGGUUGGAAAACUGAAGCAGAACUUACUAUUGGCAUGUCUGGUGAUUAGUUCUGUGACUGUGUUUUACUUGGGCCAACAUGCCAUGGAAUGCCAUCACCGGAUAGAGGAACGUAGCCAACCCCUCAAAUUGGAGAGCACAAAGACCACUAUGCGAACCAGCCUGGACAUUAAAGCCAACAAAACCUUUGCCUAUCACAAAGAUAUGCCUUUAAUAUUUAUUGGAGGUGUGCCUCGGAGUGGAACCACACUUAUGAGGGCCAUGCUAGAUGCACACCCUGACAUUCGCUGUGGAGAGGAAACCAGGGUCAUUCCCCGAAUACUGGCCCUGAAGCAGAUGUGGUCACGGUCAAGUAAAGAGAAAAUACGCUUGGAUGAGGCUGGUGUUACUGAUGAAGUACUGGAUUCUGCCAUGCAAGCCUUUUUACUAGAAAUCAUUGUUAAGCAUGGGGAACCCGCUCCUUAUUUAUGUAAUAAAGAUCCUUUUGCCCUGAAAUCCUUAACUUACCUUGCUAGGUUGUUCCCCAAUGCCAAAUUUCUUCUGAUGGUCCGAGAUGGCCGGGCAUCAGUACAUUCAAUGAUUUCUCGGAAAGUUACCAUAGCUGGGUUUGACUUGAACAGCUACAGGGACUGUUUAACCAAGUGGAAUCGUGCCAUAGAGACUAUGUAUAACCAGUGUAUGGAGGUUGGUUAUAAAAAAUGUAUGUUAGUUCACUAUGAACAGCUUGUCUUACAUCCUGAACGGUGGAUGAGAUCACUCUUAAAGUUCCUCCAUAUUCCAUGGAACCACUCAGUAUUGCAUCAUGAAGAGAUGAUUGGGAAAGCUGGGGGAGUAUCUCUGUCAAAAGUGGAGAGAUCUACAGACCAAGUCAUCAAGCCAGUCAAUGUGGCAGCUCUAUCAAAAUGGGUUGGGAAGAUACCUCCAGAUGUUUUACAAGACAUGGCAGUGAUUGCACCCAUGCUUGCCAAACUUGGAUAUGACCCCUAUGCCAAUCCUCCUAAUUAUGGAAAACCUGAUCCCAAAAUCCUUGAAAACACUAGAAGGGUCUAUAAAGGAGAAUUUCAACUACCUGAAUUUCUGAAAGAAAAACCUCAGACUGAGCAAGUGGAGUAACAGAUGCAAGAACCUCUUUCAUACACAAGGGGACACUGCUGCCUUUUCAGUGGAAGGGAAACUUCUAGGAUUGGCUGUCUCCACUGAGAUCAGUGGAGUGUGUGUACCGUGACCCAUAUCUCCUGUUCCUUUGCCAGGCUCCUCCCACUGAGAGGGUGGGACAUCAACACACAUUUGGGCCUUGCUGCGUGAUCUGCUUCCCAAGCACAGUGCUCUUGAUCCUAAUCACAUGUACAGCCCUGUGGGUAAGGAGUCCAAAGGGGUCGUGUGCUUUCUGUUAAAACUGCCCUGGUCCUCAUCUUUUCUUACGAGAUUCCAAACUUUGUUUUCAAUAGAAGGGUUUAAAAAUGGGAUUCUAUAAACAAAAUUGGGCAGUUUCAUCUUGGAAUACGUUGUCUGUACACAUUCUGAUGUUUUGUAGAACACUUGUACUUGCUUAUAUGUAUUGAUGUGGAUAAUAUUAAAUAUCUUAAUUAUUUAAAUAAUUCAUUGUAUUGUUUCUGAGAAGCUGAGAAAUUACUGUAUACAUUUACAACUUAAUGACUUUUGUAUUUUAUUUUUCAAAAUAAAAGCUUUAAAUGUGAAGCA